UGACUUGCAUUAGAGAGCAUGAGUUUGAUGAAGAACUGAAAUCAAAUCCUGAAAUGAAAGCUUUUGUCUCCCGCCUGCAGUUCAUGGACCGAUUGGACCCGCGUAACGCUUUCUAUGGUGGUCGAACGAAUGCGGUUAAACUUCUCCACAAAGUAGACGGUGACGAACAAAUCCGUUAUUAUGAUGUCAACAGCGAGUACCCGUUCGUCAACAAAAUCAAGCGGUAUCCUGUUGGUCAUCCCAUUAUUAUAACUAAGAAUUUCCUCGAUAUUCGAAACUACUUUGGAGUGGUGGUGUGUGAAUGCUACCACCUGGGGAUCUGGCCUAUCCGGUUUUACCUUACCGCUGUGGCGGCAAACUGACAUUCCCUUUGUGCCGAACGUGUAUGGAGAAACACCUUAACACCAAAUGCGAACAUGCGGAUUGUGAACGUGCCAUUACUGGUACCUGGUGCACAUCGGAAAUUUUGAAAGCGCUUGACUGUGGAUAUGGCGUAGUCAAAAUCUUUGAAGUUUGGCACUUUGACAAGCAUGAAGACCGACUGUUUGAAGGUUAUAUUAAUCAGUUCCUUAAAAUCAAAACGGAGUCCAGUGGAUGGCCCGCAGAAAUUCAGACGGAAGCGCAGAAACAAAAGUACAUUGCGGAUUUUAAAGAACACGAAAACGUUGAUUUGGACUAUGAAAAAAUAAAUUCGAAUCCAGGUUUAAAGGCACUAGCCAAGCUGUGUUUGAACAGUUUUUGGGGCCGCCUGGGAAUGCAGGACAACAAAUUGAACACCAUGUAUAUCAGUGAACCUGAAAAGUUUUACGGUAUGCUACUGUCGGGAAAGCAUCACGUGAAUUCUUGGGAUUUAUUCACGGAAGAAAUUGUUCAAAUUACGUACACAACCGAACCCGGAUUUGUCGACCGUAAUCCUAAUACGAACGUCAUUCUUGCAGCGUUAACUACCUGCUGGGCGCGACUGCAUUUGCUAAAGUUUAUGGAGAUGGUUGAAGGUCGACUGCUGUAUUUUGAUACCGACUCAAUAUUUUUUGUAACUCGUCCGGGAGCUGUUGAUCCUCCUACCGGAAUUUUUCUCGGUGAUUUAACAAACGAAUUGAAGCCAGGAAUAUACAUAACACAGUUUGUCAGUCUGGGAGCCAAAACCUAUGCCUACGUUACAAAUGAUAGGGCCAGCGUUGUCAAAGUUAAAGGUUUCACCAUAAACGGACGCACUAGCGAGCAGAUCAACUAUACAACGAUGCUGGACAUGCUGGAAAACCGUAACGUAGUCGAUGUACAGUAUCCUGAUAUUCUUCAAAGGGUCAAAUCCAGUUUGAGCAUUCGUAACGCAAGUGCAGUGAAACGAUUUCAAGUAACUUAUGAUAAACGUCGUGUUAUUGAUGAACAGUUUAAUACAGUACCAUUUGGUUACAAGUUGGUUUAA